ACGCGAGAGUCUAAAACCGUUGAAGUUGAGUCCCUAUCGACACCGUGUUUUCGGCUGCUGCAACGUCUUCUCGUUCUAUAAUCUUGUACUAUUUGUCCGAUUGCGUUUUAUUCAGUUUAACUCCUAGAACUUCCUGUACACAGCUUCAUGAACAACCAUGUCUCGACGACAAGAAUACAUCGAGACUUCACAGAGAGAAAUCAGCAAAUCCGUGCGUGAACACCUGGCAUUACUUGCAAGUAUUUGGGAGGAGAUCGGCCUAGAUGAGGAUUCCUACAAAUCACGCUUCCUAGCAUGCCAGACGCAUGUUAAUGCUUUGUUCAAAGAAAUGAAGGAAGAGGACACUGGCCUGAAGAGUAAACUUUUGGGCAAGGUUGCUGCCUUGCAGGAACAGCUUGCUGUUUUUAACCUCGACUUGGACAAGAAUGAGAGUGUUGAUGUGCAAGGUCUAACCCUGAUUGCAUCCAAGUCAAAACUUGACUCAUGCUUGAAGGAACUCAAGAUGAUGCACACCCUCAGAUCUGAAGAGAGGGCAAACCUUGAGGCUCAAGAGCAAGACCUUUGUAAGCAGCUUGGUCGUACAACCGAGGAGAGGCCAGCUGCCAAGUGCCUCUCUGACCCGGUGAUGAAGGAAUUCAAGGAAAGAGUUGCCAGACUGAGGCAAGACAAGGAGAAGUUGCUCUCAGGAUUCAAGGAGACCAGGCGCGAUAUCAUUGAACUUUACUCUGAUCUUGAGGAGCAGCCCAGGACGGAGUUUGAGCAAAGAGUGACAGACCCAAAUGUGGAAACCUUCCCUCUAGAUCCUCAAUCCCUUGCUGAUGUUGCUACUCUGCAUGAGAGAUUAGAGCUCCAAGUUCGGCAGAUCACAGAAGAAACUGAGCAAUACAGGCUGAAACUUGCAAACUUGUGGGACCGACUUGAAGUGGACCCUAUGGUCAGAACUAUUUUCCUGGAGAACUAUCCUGGCAUUCGGAAGACAACAAGGAAGGAGCUGCGAAAUGAGAUUACGCGGUGCGAAGAAUUGAAGAAGCAGAACCUGGAGCGAUUCACUCUGAGGAUGCGGGACGAGUUGUUGGGCUUGUGGGAGCAGUGUCACAUGUCUGAGGAAGAAAGGGCUGCUUUUGAACCCUUCAGGAGCCUUGACUUCACAGAGGAGUUGCUUGAGUUGCAUGAGGCUGAAGUGAAGAGGCUGGAAAUGUACUUUGCCGACAACCGUGAGAUCUUUGACCUGCUCUCUAAGCGUGCUGAGCUCUGGGAUAGGAUGUGCCAGUUGGAGCAUGCUGCUACGGACAGUAACCGGCUCAACAAUCGCGGUGGACAGCUUCUUAAGGAAGAGAAGGAGAGGAAACAGAUCCAGAAGGAACUACCAAAAGUUGAGGAGCGCGUGAAAAAGUUGAUCCACGCCAGAGAGGAGGCUAACGGAGAACCAUUCUUGCUCAACGGCCACAGGGCAUCUCUGGUAUUGAGUGAGCAGUGGGAAGCCAAGCGGAAGCAGAAAGAGGCUGAGAAGCAAAACAAGAAAAUAGCGCAGCAACGUCAACUUGAGCGUGAUGCUAUGAUGGGAACCACCAUGAUGAGUGGCGUCAACAACAACCUGAAGAGGAAGCUGGUGCCCAACACGCCUGAAAUGGGACGCAAGCUCCCUCGCGUGACCCCGGCCAAAGCUCCGUUGCCCACUAAAGUUUCUUCCACAGCUGGAAAGGUCGGGAAAUUCGCUCGGCCUGUGGCCCGGCCAACACAGCGCAAAUUGAGGAUGCCAUCCCCCACCUCAUCCACUACGCAGGUUGCAUUCAAACUGGAGGUGCAAAACAUGGCAGAAGAGUCAAUCGCUUCCACCAUCUCAUACACUGAUUUCACUCAGGCCCUCACUAUGGGUCCAAUCGACCUACACAGCUCUUUAGACAAAGGAAGCAUCUUGAGGCAAGAGCUACCCGCAGUAGUGCAGUUCCCUCUGGGACAAUCCGUGGAAGUACCAUUCACUUUCGCCAGGCAAAUGUUCUUAGCCCAAUCAAUUCAACCAUCAGCUCUUCUAUCGCCAGUCGCCGAAAUGGCGUCCCCACUGCAAAGUCCGCUCCAGCAAAGCCUGUUAGAAGUUUGAGAUCUUCUUCUGCAAUCAGGCCUAGCCCUAAAUCAGCACUCAGAGUGUCUGCCAGAGUAACUACUAGCAAAAUCAAGCCUCUGCCAAUUAUCUUUUAAUUCCACCUGCUUCUCUUUUCUCUAUACAAAUGUGUAAAACAUCCACCAUUGUAUUAAAAUAUGCACAUUGUGAUUUACAACAAAUAACCAUCGGUAUAUCCAUUCUUGCAGGCAACUAAUAAACAGGACUGUAUUCAACUCUACUUUUAUAACCAAUCUUAUUAUUUAUGAAUGGAGUCCUUUGAUAGAUGUAAUGAUAAAAUAGGCUGUUUUCUCAACUGUAUAUAAAUGCUCAUUGGAUUUAUUAAUAAAUAAUUGCUUAGCAAGCCUUUGUAAA